GCAACAUUUAAUUCUACAGUUAAUUUCAUUUCAAGAGCUUUUCUUUCUUCAACCGAACCAAACAUGUCAAGCUCAUGUGGCAACUGCAACUGCGCUGACAAGAACCAGUGCGGGAAGGGAAACAACUACGGUGUAACCAUUGUAGAGACUGAGAAGAGCUACCUGGAGACUGUUAUCAUGGAUGUUCCAGCUGCUGAGCAUGGUGGGAAUUGCAAGUGUGGUUCUAACUGCACUUGCACUAACUGCACCUGCGGUCGUUAAGGAAAAUAUGCAAAUGUAGUUGCCAUGAGUUUUGCAAUAUGAAGUUAAUAAUGUAAUCUUGUACUAAAUAAAUGUGUGUUUUGUUAUGUUACUUCAUGUUUGUAUGAGUGAUACACAAUUUAUAUAACAGCCAUGUUGUGGCAUGAUGUGGUUAAUGGAGUUGAAGUAUAA